GUCUCCCAGGGUCCAUCAUCCAGUGGGUCGACGAUGGCGAAUACAAUUUCAAGUUUACGUUGAAGAAGCAUUACAAAAGUGAUGGUUCCGUCGACGACAUCGCAAAGCGAUGCAAGGUUGCCGGGAGGAUGUUCGGCGGGUACGGCCGGCGUGCGAUGUCUUUGCCGUACUUUGUCCCGCUAGCGUCGGGGCACGACGAGGCCGUUCACGUGACAAACUUCCUCGAGGUCUGGGCGAGAUCUGGUACCUCUGUCAGUGUCGUGGACGUCGGACCUGGGACAUCGAUCAGUGGUCCUGUUGGGUUCGCGGGAGGAGAGUGCCCUGAAAGGGGGAUGGGAGGUCAGGGUGGCCUGCCAGCUACGCCUCCUGAUCAAGAGGUGGGCAUGUCAGACGACUCGAAGGACGACCAUCCGCAUGCUCCUUUGAAACCGGACUUGCAUGGAUCUCUCCGCCAAGGUUUGCUUGAGGAGUCGACGCCACGUGGAGGCGGCGAUGGCGAACGGUUGCGACAGGGCUCAGAAUCGACGACUCCUCGUGGUCUGGUCGAAAGGAUCGGUUCGUUCGUUCGUGGCAUGCAGGUGGCCGAGGUUUCGCCUGGAGAUCGAGCGGGUGGUCCGCAGGUUCGAGAGGUGCGUGGGUCAGAUGAGACGACUUGCCGGGCCCGACCUGCGUCUGCGCAACUGCAGACGGAGUUGAGCCAGGAAGGAGAAGCAAGUGGGAACGUCGCCGGUGAGGAGGAGGUGUCCGAGCAGGGGCUGUUCCGUGAGAGAUCGGCUGAAAAGACUCAGUCGGGAGGCAAGCGCAACUUGCCGAAUGAGGAAGAGCGAGAGGAAGUAGGUGCUCUGAAAAGGCAGAGAAAGGUAGGAGGGAGUGCUCGGGUGCCAACAACACGAGAGGGCGGUUCCCUUGACAAGAGGAAAAGGGUUCGGGGUGGGGAUGAAACGCCAAAAGACUCGUCGACAUGGCGAAGAACUGGUGAGUCUUCUGGAAAACGGUCAACGAAAGCAGAUGAGGGCGACAGUGGGGAGGGGGAUGACGACGUGGAGAUUAACCUCAACGCCUUUAACCUCGACAAUGCGUUUUUCCUCGAGAUGCAGACAGGGGUGCAGAGGGACGUCGUGUUGCACAUCCAUCCCGAAAGAAUAUUAGCUAUUCCAGACAGGGAAGACGCGUACAACCACCGAUCCUUGGACGAUUUCCUCAUUGAUACCAUCGCGUCGGCUAUGAUCGACUGCUACGAACGUAAAGACAUGAGAUACACGAAGCCCAUUUUCGUUCUCGCUCCGAUCGUUUCGCCUCGACAGAACGGCGAGUCUGCUGUGCGCGUGCUGCCUGCUGACUUCGACAACUCACAACCGGAGAAAUACUGGUAUUAUCCUGUGUGUGGACAGCAUAACGCGAGGGUGGCGAUGAAGGUGAAAGACCAUCCCGUGUUUGAGUACUACAACUUCUGUAAAUGGUCGUUCAGACCGAUCUACUUCCCUGACGACGAGUUCGACGGCUACGCCCAUGUCAGCUGCGAAGACAACAUGAAAGACAAGAAGAAUCCACCGCGCUUGCAGGUUUUGUCUAUGCGGGACAUUCGCAAUAUCUGGAAAAUUAAGGGCAAACCGCGUGUGGUGCUCGGCAAUGCGUCGAAGAAAAAGGACGAGGUGCGAAAGUGGGUGCAGUUCAUGGCGUUGGCUAUGAAGAAGACACCGUACACGCCUUUGUGGAACCUGUCAACGGAAGAAAAGACAAGAAAGGAAUGGGCUGAGAAACUUCGAUACUACCUCCCGCUGGCCAUGGCAGAUGACUCCGUCUUCACUUUGGAGGAGAAGUUCUAUUAGGAGUGGUCGAAAGGGAAACUCCUUGCUUCCGACGGC